UUCAAACCUGGCAACCUCGUCGGCCCUCGAAGCCUCCAUCCUGGCAUUUACCUUCAUCCUGGUAACUCACAAGUCCCCGGACCAAAAACAGGAAGUGCACGAUGAGUUCAGCAGCGGAGGACGAGGACGCUUCAGCGUUAGAAACCGUCACGCUCACUCAGGACAGCGAUGGGAGCAUCAUACUGCACUGCCCCCCCACUGAUGAUGACUCAGAGCCCCUUCAGAAGAAACUGUGCCUCUCUACAGACGAACAGGAGGACUCGGACACGCCCCAGUUCUCUGUGGUCACCUUACCGAUGUCCGAGAGCGACGAAGGCUUCGAGGUGACGAUGACGGCCACGGCCGACGGGGAUCUCUCCGAGGAAGGUGUCGCUCAGAUUCAGAUUUUGCAGGAGGAUGAGGACUCUCUCUCGCCAGAUCAGAAGACAGAGGUGUCUCCUGUCAGUCAGGCCUGGUUCACCACGAAAGAAGACAAAGACACGCUGGCUAACAAAGGUCACAAGUGGAAACAGGGCAUGUGGUCUAAAGAGGAGAUCGACCUUCUGAUGAGCAACAUCGAUCAAUAUGUAAAAGGCCGAGGCAUCGAGGACCCAGCAGAGAUAAUUUUUGAGAUGUCCAAAGAGGAGAGGAAGGAUUUCUACCGCUCCGUCGCGUUGGGCUUAAACAGGCCGCUGUUCGCCGUCUACAGACGAGUUCUACGAAUGUACGACAACCGCAACCACGUCGGGAAGUAUACUCCUGAUGAGAUAGAUAAGCUAAAAGCGCUGAGGGAGAAACACGGGAACGACUGGUCGACUAUCGGGGCGGCGCUGGGUCGCAGCGCCUCGUCUGUCAAAGACCGCUGCCGACUGAUGAAGGACACCUGCAACACAGGUACACAGCCGCGUGUACUCAAGUACACGCAUCUGAUGUGUUUCAGGAUAUUGGAGAUGGAGGUGGAGGACGAGAACGAGAUUAAGUGGGAGGAUCUCGCAGGAGGUUGGAGCAGCGUCCGGUCGCCACAGUGGCUGCGCUCCAAGUGGUGGAGCAUCAAGAGACAAGUAACCAAUCACAAGGAGAUUCCUUUCAACGUCCUCCUGAAGGGUCUCCAGGAGCUCAUGGCGUCCUCACAGACCACAUCUGGACCAGGGAGUCCCUCCUCCUCGGCCCUUCAGAUCCGACUCGCCCGAUUGGAGGAGAGCGGCGGCGGCCCGGCCCCCGGCUCCAUGGCGGCGCUGCAGAUCCCCUUACAGAUCCCGCUGCAGAUCACACACCUGGCUUCAGAUUCUUCAGCAGCAGCCAGCGACAGUGAGACCAUCACCCUGAACACGGGGGCCCUGCAGACCUUCGAGAUCCUCCCUUCCUUCCACCUGCAGCCCACCGGCACCCCUGGGACCUACUACCUCCAGACAACGUCCAAUCAGGGCCUGCCGCUCAGCCUCUCCACCAGUCAGGGCCUUCCGCUCAGCUUAGCCAAUAACAGCACGCUUACCCUGACGACGGGCUCCUCGCCCUCAUCACAUGAACACAUUAUCCUUCACAGCCUGUCGACGGAUGGCCUCUGCUCCGGUGACGGCGUCAUCAUCCAGACUGUCACCUCUGACCCCGCCUCCUCAGACCCUCUUAGCCAAUCACAGCUGGUUGUGGAGACAGAGAGGCAGAGCCCGGACGACCGUCUGGAUGCCACGAGUCUCCUGGAGGAGUCCGAGAGCGUUGGCACGGAAACUCAGGAGCCAAUCACAGACGACUACACUGACAAGGAGCUGAGUUCACCGUCUGUUGAGGGUCCAGUGGUGCAUUCUGGGAUAGCGUCUGGCAGCACCGUGUUGAUAGUGUCUUCUCCCAACAUCAGCAGCACACUGACAGAUCCCAUCCUGGAGAACCAGGAGGGCUCCGACUGAGCCGGACGUCCAUCGUGGCAGGAGGUGAUUUAAAGAUGGAGGACAGGAGGAGGACGCCCUCCGUCUCUGCACAGGACAA